AUGUACUUUGAUGACAUUUCCGCCCGGUUAAGACCUUUGGAAGACUUCAAAGUAGGCAACCCUUCGAAGAACAUAUACCAGCCGAGCAUAUAUACCCAACUCUCAACCUUCUCUGGAUCAUCAUUUUUUGCAUUAGAUGAACUUCAUUUAAUUGCAAGAGGGAUUGGAAAGCUUGUGUAUGACCUGAUUACCAUCACCAUCACAAAGGAAACCAAAUUUUAUUAUACCCAUCCAGACAAUACCCUCAAUACCACCGAAUACCCUUUUCAUAUACCAAGAGCAGACCUUGUAACAAUCGGAAACUGUAUUACCAGCUCACAAAAAUAUAUACCUACCUCAUUUCAAGGCAGUUUCGACAACGUAUUUGCCAAGAUCGAUGGUACUCGCGCAGUGGACUGGCUUGACUUUCUCUUAUACCUUGUCCCCACUUUGGUCGUGCCUUAUUUACCAAAUAGGGCUGUCAAAACAGCUCUAUUAUCUCUCGUGAAAGGUUGCGCGCUUGCCUUGCAAUGGACGUUGACAUCAGAAUUGCUUGAUGAGAUGGAGUCAUACUUCAAGCACUGGCACUCGUUUUUAUACCAGCAAGUCCAGAAUAAUACCCUGUCUCGUAGUGUUUUCCGACCAGUGCAACAUUACCUGGUCCAUAUAUCCUAUAUCAUCAAGCAGCAAGGCCCCCUGCGAUGCUACUCCACUCGCUCAAUGGAGAGAGUAAUUGGCGUCUUCUCAAAAUUGAUAAAGUCCAAAUCAAAGGGUGGCCGAAACGCCAGUUUUCUUGUCGAGCGAUUUGCAAUUCACAAUUAUACCAGCACAGCAAUCAGCAUCUGUGAUGAAAUCAACCUCAUUCGGCCAAAGCCAUAUGGAAGAGAGAGCUACAUGGACCUUCCUAAUGAUCCUAGUGGUGCGCAGUUGUGGGAGCCGUUUCAUCAGUUUGUUAAUUUGAACGAUGAUUCGGUGGAAGGUGUAGGCGGCCCUAGUGUGAAGGAAGCUUUAUUGAAAUACUACCAGAGAACAACAGGCUUGACUGGCCACAAGUUUGGUGACUCUGUUGUUGUUGUAGCUGCACGUCUGUGGAUGGACUCGACUGUAUAUUCCUCAUGCAUGUACCGAAGAAAGAAAAACGAGACCAGCCGUGGCAACCAUUACGUGAUGUUUACUUGCCCCUAUAGAAACAACCGUAAUGUAAUUGUUCACAGCUGGCUCGUUGAUAAAAAGAAUAUCUAA